AUGUUGAGGAUUUCAACAUCAUUAGCCUUUUUCAACAAUGAAGAGAAGAAAUGGAAUGACAAAUCAAGAAAAGUGGCGAGUGGAGAAGUGGAAUUGUAUGCUUGUGAUUUCUUGGUUUUGGCUACUGGUGAAAACAAUGAAGGCCAUAUUCCAAAAUUGGGAGGGCUUGAAAAUUGCAAAGGGGAAAAAAUUCAUUCAAUCAGCAAGGUCAUCAUUGACAUCUUCUUAAGGCUUCGGGUGAAAGCCCUCUUGAAAUUCAGAGGAAGUAGAGGGAUGCAUAUGAAGUUCAAUUUUGAAGGACAACCACACUUUAUUGGUUAUUUGUUUUCUAUUUUAAUUUUCUUGUGUGUUGUUCAUGUUGUAACAAGGGAGAUGGUGCAUAUUGGAAUGUUGUUGCUAGACUAUCUACCAAUAUCUUUGGUUGAUAUUGUAAUUCCAAAGUAUGCAAAGUUUAAACUUGGAAAUUUGGCAGAAUUUGGAAUACCACAACCAGAAGAAGGCCUAUUUUCUGUUAAAAUCUCAAAAGGUACAUCCCCAGUAAUUGAUAUUGGUGUCAUUGACAAGAUUAAACUUGGAUAG